AAAAACCUUGUGUUCCGCAUGUGAUCGUUUCGUAAUAUAAAAAAAAAAAAGGAAAAAAACGAAAAAAAUGAGUUUUCUCGUGAUUUUGACGUAAAAAAAAAAUCUAAAUUCCUCUUUCGACUCAAAAAUUUAAUCGAUUUUACAGGAAUUCUAUCAAAAUUAUUUUACAAACAUUUAAAAAUAUUUUAAUACACUUUUGUAAUUUGUUAAAAAUAUAAUGCAAUCUUUAAGUUGGACCACCCGAUUAUUAACAAGGGCAUUGCGCAGUGGUUUUUCAACCCUUGUCGAACCAAAUAGCAAGCCGAAACCACAUUUUAUUUCGGUCGUAUGUGGAUUCCCAAAAGAUUUUUUACAAUCUAAAUAUAAAUUAGGCAAAUAUGGUGAAGAUUCAUGGUUUAAGACAUCUACAAAAGAUGCAGAUGUUAUAGGUGUUGCAGAUGGGGUAGGUGGUUGGCGAAGUUAUGGGAUUGAUCCUGGAGAAUUUUCAUCAUUUUUAAUGAAAACAUGUGAACGACUAGUCCAUUGUGUUAAUUUUAAUCCACAACGACCUGUAAAUCUAUUAGCUUAUAGUUACUGUGAAUUACUAGAACAAAAGAAACCUAUUUUAGGUAGUAGUACAGCAUGCGUCUUAGUAUUAAAUCGUGAAAAUAGUACUGUUUACACUGCUAAUAUUGGUGACAGUGGUUUUAUGGUGGUACGUCAAGGUGAAAUUAUUCAUAAAUCAGAAGAACAACAGCAUUAUUUUAAUACACCUUUUCAAUUAUCUUUACCGCCACCUGGACAUGGUCAUAAUGUAUUAAGUGAUAGUCCAGAAUCAGCUGAUACUAUGAGUUUUCCAGUUAAGGAAGGUGAUGUUAUUUUAGUUGCGACAGAUGGUGUAUUUGAUAAUGUGCCUGAGAAGCUUCUAUUAGAUGUAUUAAAAGAGAUCGAAGGGGAAUCAGAUCCAAUUAAAUUACAGAUGACAGCGAAUACAAUUGCAUUAAUGGCACGUUCAUUAUCAUUCGAUAGUGAAUUUAUGUCACCAUUUGCAAUAAAUGCUAGACGAAAUAAUAUAAAUGCAACUGGUGGAAAACCAGACGAUAUAACUGUGGUACUUGCAACUGUAGGAAUGUGAAAAAAAAAUAAUGAAAUUUCUAAUUAAACCAAACAAAACAAAAAGAAGAGACCGAAAAUAAAAACUAUUCGAAAUAUUUUCAUUUUUUAAAGUUUGAAAGUUUUUCAUUUUCCUCUCAAAAAACGAAAAGCCAUAAAGAAAUAUUAAAAAGUUUUUCCAUCUAUCAAAAAUCAUUUAAAAAACUUUUUUGUAUGGAAAAAUUUUUAUGAAAAAAUUUCUGUUGAUUUUUUUUUUCUUUGUGUAAAAUUAUAAAUUACAACAAAAUUAUAACAUAAUGGCAGUAAAUUUUUUACCUAAUAUUUUUUAGUAUAUGAAAAUAUUGAUAAUUAUUCGAAAAGUAAUAGUAAUAAUCCCAGUGGAAUAAAAAUAUAUAGAAAUUUCAUUUGCGAGAGUUAAUAUUAACUUUAAGGAUUAAAUUAUCAACCAACUUAAUAAAAGUUGAAUACCUCGAUUCGAUUUAUAUGAGCAGCUUUACACAAAGACGAAGAAAAAAAAGAAAUAGGUGCAUUUACAGAAUAUUAUAAUAAGAUAUAAUUAAAUAUAUUUUAUUAUAAAACUUUAAAUUUAUUAGAUAUUGAUAUUUACACGCUAUGCGUUGUAAAUUAAUUAAGAAAUUUUGUGCUCUUGUGAGAAGUAAUUAAUUAACUUUGUGCUAAUUUUUUUCUGUAAUUUAACUUGUGUAUAUUAUAAUUUUUUUUUUAAUAAAAAUCUUCAAUAUUUUUAUUGAAAUUUUUGGAAUUUGUGAUUUUUUUGUCCUUUAUCCACUAACUCAAGUAAUAAAAAAAAAAGAAAUGGUAGUCAAUUAUAUUAAAUUGAAAUUGCUAUUUAAUAUAUAUAUAUAUAAUAGUAAACAAUUUUCAAUAAAUUAAAUCAAAUAGAAUUCGGAUAUUAUGGUUAUUACUAAAAAGUAUGAUAUUAAAAUCACUACAGUGUUAAUAAUCAAUUUAUAUUGUUGAUUUUAACAUAAUUACAGAACACAUUAUAUUGCAGAACAAAUCAUGGAAAAUGCCAAAAAUGAAUAAGUUAGGAACUGCUUCUUACUACGGUUAUUUUUUUAAAGUAUUAAUAAAAUUCUUCCAAAAUCAAUAAGCCAUUCAAUUCAUUUCAUAUUGUGAUUGUAGUUUCUAUCCCUAAAAAAGAAAAUAUAAAACAGGAUAAAUAUUCAGGAGAGAUAUUCUCUUUUUUUUUUCAAAUUUAAAAUGUAAAUGCAUCUUUCGUAAAUACAUAUACAAAUUUUUCAUUUCAAUUACAAAACUUACUACAAUAAAAUUAAGCUUUACAAUGCAUAGUGCCACUGAGCUUUUGAUCAAAUAAAAUGCGACUCAAUAAUCAACCAUACAAUAUAAUAAUUAAAAAACAUUGUUAAUUAUAAGAAACAAAAACAAUUCAGAUUGGAUGUAAAUUCAAUAUUUGAUAGACAAUUUAGAGAAAAACUGAACUAUAAUAAUACGAAAUAUUAAUUUGUAAAAUUAAAAAAAAGAUAUUCAACUUUACACAUUUGACAAAAAAAAAUAAUUGUAGUUAAUUUGCAAAAUAUAAACUGUGAAUUCAAAAUAAAAUUUUUAUUUUAUUAAGAGAC